UCUUGACCUGUGACCCAGCAUGGAUAUCGUGCUGAACUUCGCCGACCACUACGUCUUCACGCCGUACGUGUACCCGGCGCAAUGGGAGGAGUCGGACCCCGUGAGACAGUACCUGAGUCUGUUUGCCAUCGUUAUGUUGGGAGGGUACGUGCUGUACCUGGUGACCGCCAGCCUUGGCUACGUGUUUCUGUUCGACAAAAGACUGCUACAACAUCCGCAGAUGUUAAAGAACCAGAUCAAACUUGAGAUCCAGUACGCCUGUUGGUCAGUACCAUACAUGACGUUCCCCACUUGUGUUAUGUUCUUGCUGGAGGUACGAGGGUACAGCAAGCUGUAUGACGACAUCAGUGACACAAGUUUGGGUUACCUGUCCCUCGUGCGUGACGCCAUCUUGUUUCUGUUCUUCACGGACAUGAUGAUCUACUGGAUCCACCGCGGCCUGCAUCACCGCCUGCUGUACAAAACUCUACACAAGCCUCACCACAAGUGGAAGGUCCCCACCCCGUUUGCCAGCCAUGCGUUCCACCCUCUGGACGGUUUCGCCCAGUCGUUUCCGUACCACCUCUACCCUUUCCUCUUCCCUCUCCACAAGGGCCUGUACCUCGGGCUCUUCAUCUUUGUCAACAUCUGGACUGUCUCAAUCCAUGAUGGCGACUUCCGUGUCCCGGAUGCGCUCAAACCGAUCGUGAACGGCUCGGCGCACCACACGGAUCACCACCUGUUCUUCGACUACAACUACGGGCAGUUCUUCACGCUGUGGGAUCGGAUCGGCGGGUCGUUCCGCACGCCCUCCGCGUGGGAGGGAAAAGCGCCGAUCGACGACAUUAACAGAAUGGGAGUUAAGGCUAAACGGGGCUAGAUUUUAGAGUGAAACUCAUCUGUGUUGAUAUGAUACAAUUUUAAAAACUCUUGAUCUAACACAAGAAAAAACAACAGAAUUUGAGGGCAUCUACCUGAUGAAUUUGUGUUGGAUCAAGUUAUCAAUACCUCAAGUAUGACUUGAGUUUGUCUCAAGUAAUGUAUGAAGUGUUUACAUGGUAAUUUACCUGGAUGGAGGCCUGGCUUGUAUUAGCCAAAAAAGGGUAUAUCACACCCUACAAGGAGUGGUAACCGUGACCAAGAUGGUCGACCAAUUGUUUGAAGUAUGCUUUUGUGAGGAGAACCCAUUUUGAUAAUGUAAAGUAUAUGGUUCCCCAUCCAAGAAUAGUUUACUUAAAGUAUAUUGGGUUUGUAAAAUAUAUUGGGUUUAAGACAAAACAGGCUGAGAAAGAUAUAUCUCUGUCAAAGGCACCCUUGCUGCAGAUGAGCAUGGGAACAUUGCAGCUUCACACACGCACACACACACACACACACACACACACACACACACACACACACACACACACACACACACACACACACACACACACACACACACACACACACACACAUACACUAUUUCUCUCAAUCAAGCUCUUGUGAGCUUCUUUCUGAGCCACUAGUUCAACUUCAAUUGUUCUGUAAUAAUACAUUGCGCCCCAUUGUAUUGUGCAGAUUUUUUUUAUUCCAUGCAUUUCAAUGUCAUUGGUGCAAUUUUUUCUUCCUGUCAAGUACAUACAUUGAGCUAUGACUGAACAUACUAGGUGACCGUGUGCCAUCAAAAAGAAUAUAUUGAAAUUCCUCAAAGGAAAGUAUGUGUGGUCUAAGAUGUAACAAGAGGUUUGCAGAAAUUAAGGUCAAAAGAUCCUGACAGCAACACAACAUGACAUUUUGUAAAUGAUACCAAUAAGAUAGAAUACACAAUUGUAUAGGAAUAUAUAAAGUGUAAAUUUGAUAUGUGUGCUGUGUGUGGAAUGUAGUCUUGCAACAUUUCAAACGAACCCAGUAUUUUGAAGGUUUGUCCUCUGCAUGACUUGUUUCUACAUCUAAAAAAAUCAUAGAUUUUACAAUGUAUAAUAUAAAUGUAUAUAAAUAUUACUGAUAAAACCUAAUGAAGCAUCAGUGCAUUCUAACAUAUCAUCAAGUUCAUGCUCCAUGUAACAAAGAAUACUUAUCAUAAUGUCUACUUAAAGAGAUAAGAGUCACAAAAAAUAUAGAUCAAUACAAGAUAAAGUUCAAA